GCUCCUCCUCCUCCUACAAUGUAUAACCAGGUAGAGUGAGCACUCUGGCUGGUCAGCUAUUCAUCCACAUUCAGUACAGGACCUGGAUUAAGAGGACAAUUCCACACACACACAAUGUCAGAAGACAAGAUCACCGGAACCUUGGCUUUCACUGUCUUCACUGCUGUACUGAGUUCCUUCCAGUUCGGCUAUGACAUCGGUGUGAUCAAUGCACCUCAAGAGGUAAUAAUAUCCCAUUAUCGACAUGUUUUGGGUGUUCCACUGGAUGACCGGAAAGCUGCCAUUAACUAUGACGUCAAUGGCACAGACACCCCACUUACAGUCACACCAGCAUACACAACACCAGCUCCCUGGGAUGAAGAGGAGACUGAAGGAUCUGCUCACAUAGUCACUAUGCUCUGGUCUCUGUCUGUGUCCAGCUUUGCAGUGGGCGGAAUGGUCGCCUCAUUCUUUGGUGGGUGGCUCGGGGACAAACUUGGAAGGAUCAAAGCAAUGUUGGCUGCAAACAGCCUCUCAUUGACUGGAGCCCUCUUGAUGGGAUGUUCCAAAUUUGGACCGGCACACGCCCUCAUCAUUGCUGGACGAAGUGUAUCAGGACUGUAUUGUGGGCUAAUUUCAGGACUGGUUCCAAUGUACAUUGGAGAGAUCGCUCCAACCACACUCAGGGGUGCCCUGGGUACUCUUCACCAACUGGCCCUUGUCACAGGCAUUCUUAUUAGUCAGAUUGCUGGCCUCAGCUUUAUUCUGGGCAAUCAGGAUCAUUGGCACAUCCUACUUGGCCUAUCUGCUGUGCCAGCUCUUCUGCAGUGUCUGCUACUGCUCUUCUGUCCAGAAAGCCCCAGAUACCUUUAUAUAAAGUUGGAAGAGGAAGUCAGGGCAAAGAAAAGCUUGAAGAGACUAAGAGGAACUGAGGAUGUCACCAAAGAUAUUAAUGAGAUGAAGAAAGAAAAGGAAGAGGCAUCGACUGAGCAGAAGGUCUCCGUGAUCCAGCUCUUCACGGAUGCCAAUUACCGACAGCCCAUCCUCGUGGCGCUGAUGCUGCACAUGGCCCAGCAGUUCUCAGGAAUCAAUGGGAUAUUUUACUAUUCAACCAGCAUUUUUCAGACAGCUGGCAUCAGCCAGCCUGUGUAUGCAACCAUUGGUGUUGGGGCCAUCAACAUGAUCUUCACGGCUGUCUCUGUGCUGCUUGUGGAGAAGGCAGGGCGGCGGACCCUGUUCCUAACCGGGAUGAUUGGCAUGUUUUUCUGCACCAUCUUCAUGUCGGUGGGACUUGUGCUGCUGGAUAAAUUCGCCUGGAUGAGUUACGUGAGCAUGACUGCCAUCUUCCUCUUUGUCAGUUUCUUUGAGAUUGGGCCAGGUCCAAUCCCUUGGUUCAUGGUUGCUGAAUUUUUCAGCCAAGGACCCCGUCCUACGGCUCUGGCACUGGCUGCCUUCAGCAACUGGGUCUGCAAUUUUGUCAUCGCCCUCUGCUUCCAGUACAUUGCGGACUUCCUUGGGCCUUACGUGUUCUUCCUCUUCGCUGGGGUGGUCCUGGUCUUCACCCUGUUUACAUUCUUUAAAGUUCCAGAAACCAAAGGAAAGUCUUUUGAGGAAAUCGCUGCAGAAUUCCGGAAGAAGAGUGGUUCGGCCCCACCACGCAAAGCUGCUGUACAAAUGGAAUUCCUGGCGUCUUCAGAGAGUGUGUGAGGAUGACCUGCCUAAAACCGAGGAACCGACCAGGAGGAACCACGCGCUCCCUCUUAAACCGAUUCCUUCCUCGGUGUGCGACUACACCCAGGAGUAUCGUUUAUUCAUUUGGAAGAAUUUUUACAGACUCCGAUUAGAAAUAUCAACAUAUAUUAUUACCAAAGAAAGUAUUUUUUUAACUUAAAGAAUCUAUUUUUGAUGGUAACACUCUUCAGUAAACCAGAGGCUAUUUUGCUACUCUACAGGGAAGUGUGUAAUAACCUUCCUAGCCCUGUUCUACUGAAAUUGAAGAGCUUUCAACAUAUCGCUGCUUUUUAAAGCACGUGACUAAGAAAUCUGCAGCUACAACUGCUAUCUAGAUAUUUAAUUACACCGGAAUGUUCUUAGCCCCAGAUCAGAAGCUAAAGGACAUACGGCUGGUGUCAGCAAGGCUCACAUUCAAACUGACUUUCUGUUACCUUUCCUCGGCUUCUCUCACUUGGAUUAGACUUCGGGUUUUGCGUACAGCCAUUUUCUGCAUUUUUAUAUAGAAUUCCUGAGUAUGUUAAACUGUAUUUGUAAUGAGAAACUCUUUUUUUAUAGCUACCAAAAGCUUCCUACAGUGAGAGAAAACAUUUUAGUUUCUUUGAUGUAUUUUGCAAGGUUAAAUGCUUGAGUUGUUCUUAGCUGUAGAGCUCAGAUUAUCAGUUAGUUAUAUUAGCAUCCAAAGCAUGUUAGUUUCUCACCACUUCAGUCUUUGUGUUGUACUUAUACUUGUUUUUUUUAAUUGCCCAUGGCACACACUUAAACCAUUAGGAGUCAGCCAUUUUGCAUAUUGCCUAAAAAUCUAAUAAACUGGGUCAAUCACAGGGAAAUCUGGAAUAAAGAGUUUUUCUAUUUGUUAAA